CGCCUGCGCGGUGGGGCGACGUGCUGUGACGUGCGCCGCCGCGCGCCGCCGCGAGAGGGGCGGGGGGAGGAGGGGGGGCGGGUGCGAGGCAGGCACCGGACGGCGCCCGGAGCGCGGAGCGCCGGCCCGGCCCCUCCCGCCCGCCCGGGAUGCGCCUCAGCGCGCGGAGAACAUGUCCCGGCGGAGCCCGCCGCCCAACGGCGUCGGCGCCCACGGUACGGCCGGGCCGCGGCGGGGCGGGCCGGGCCGGGCCGAGCCAGACUUUGAUUCUAAGAAGAAAAGAAAAGUGGCAGAAAUUUAUCAGGCUCUGAACAGCGAUCCCAUCGAUGUGGCCGCACUCAGGCGGAUGGCGAUCAGCGAAGGGGGGCUCUUGACGGAUGAGAUUCGUUGCAAAGUGUGGCCGAAGUUGCUAAGUGUUAAUACUGACGACCUGCCUCCCCUUCCAGGAAAGGAACUGAGAGAGAACAAUAAAGAUUACCAGCAAGUAUUACUGGAUGUGCGACGAUCCCUGCGCCGUUUCCCACCAGGGAUGCCGGAUGACCAGAGAGAAGGGCUGCAGGAGGAGCUCAUCGAUAUUAUCCUGCACGUCCUCAAGCGUAACCCCCAGCUGCAUUACUACCAGGGCUACCACGACAUCGUGGUCACCUUCCUUUUGGUGGUAGGCGACAGACUGGCCACGGCUCUGGUGGAAAAGCUCUCCACGCAUCAUCUCAGGGAUUUUAUGGACCCAACGAUGGAUAAUACCAAGCACAUUUUAAAUUACCUGAUGCCCAUCAUAGACCAGGUGAACCCUGAGGUGCAUGACUUCAUGCAGAGUGCGGAAGUGGGAACUAUCUUUGCGCUCAGCUGGCUGAUCACGUGGUUUGGGCAUGUUUUGUCUGACUUCAGACACGUCGUGCGAUUAUAUGACUUCUUUCUGGCGUGCCAUCCACUGAUGCCCAUUUACUUUGCCGCUGUGAUUGUGCUGUAUCGGGAGCAGGAAGUUCUGGACUGCGAGUGCGACAUGGCCUCUGUCCACCACCUCCUGUCCCAAAUCCCACAGGACCUUCCUUACGAGACUCUGAUCAGCAGAGCUGGGGACCUUUUUGUCCAGUUUCCACCAUCUGAACUUGCCAGGGAGGCAGCUCAGCAGCAGGCUGAACGAACCGCUGCUUCCACUUUCAAAGACUUUGAGUUGGCAUCAGUGCAGCAGAGACCAGACACUGUGUUGAGACAACGCUUCAGGGAGCGACUCCGAGGGGAGGAGCGGACAAAAUCCAUCUUGACAAAGCCACGGACCAACCGUUUUGUCAAGCUGGCGGUUAUGGGGCUGACGGUGGCGCUGGGAGCAGCCGCCCUGGCUGUGGUGAAGAGUGCGUUGGAAUGGGCACCCAAGUUCGAACUGCAGAUCUUCCCCUGAAGCCGGGGAAGGGCUUUCCCCGUCACCAAUCCCGCAUCCUUCCCUGGUGGGAAUGGAUGAUAUCUGAUGAAAGGACAUGUCUGCAAAUGACCUGUCUGAAGAGUUUUCUAUUCUUGCUGCGUCCCGUGACGCUUUUGGCCUUUGCGACAGAGACUGGUGGGAACCAGCCCGGCAGGAUCGUUCCGCACACCGACACUCACCUCGUUCCCGCCUCCCUGCGCAGGAGGGGCUCCGACGGGCUCUGCUGCUGCGUCGUGAGGGACCGGAGGUACGGACAAGCCUGGCUCCUCAGGCCGUGCAGCGGGUGACUGUGCGAGCGGAGAGCUGUGCGUGGGCUGUGCCGAAACGAUCUUGCCUUCUCUGCUGGGGAUAAUUAGCGGGAGCGAGGGCAGAUGCUUGCCUGGGAAGAGCGUGAUGGCAGGGUUUGGUCUGCGCGUGGGGGCGAGGGGUUGGCACGCUCCUGCGCCCUCCGGCUCCCCAGCACUCCUGUCUGCGGCUGCCAGAGCACCUGGCGGUCUCUGUUUAGGUUCACCAGUAGUGCGACCCUUUUCUUUCGUUACAGGCAACCCCUGUGUAGAGCCAAAUCUUUAACAAAUCCCCGUGAGAUGAGGUUGUCUCCAGCGUAUAACACUCCAUGACUCCGCUUCCUAAUCCUUGCAGUCUGAUCCGUUUACAGCAGUGAAUGGCAGGGGACAGGAGCAUCUGUGGGAAUUCUUGGGCCUCGCGGUCGCUGGGGCACCUUCACUGGCAAUAGCACGUUCGUAUCUCAGGUCAGCAAGGGGAGAGAGAAGUGCCACUCACCCUGCUCGAGGUAUAUAUAUACUGUUACGAGCCAGAUCAUGUCACCACACGUGUUAGUGGAGCCACAAAGCAGCUCCUUUUGCUGACUUUUACACCUCCGAAAGCAGACUCUUAAGGUGGAAAAAGGCUUUUUCCACCUUGUGAAGUAGUUUGCACAGGACAGGAGUCAUUACUGUGGGAAAUCUGUCAUAAUUCUCUCCCACUAGCUGAUCAGACUUCUGCAUCGCCCUUCGGAGUCACACCAGUGAGGGAAUUUACCCGAAAGGCUGCUCCCAAGCCCUGCACAGCCCCUGUCUCCUCGCCGAGUCUGGUAACAGGCUCCCCAUUCCCUGCCCUGCUGAAAGCCUAAGCAGCAAGUCCUUCUAGGUAACUUCGUAUCUCACCGAAACAAAGCCAAUAGACAGUGUAUGCCUCUACCUCUCCCCUGCGCUGCUAAACCCUCCCGCAAGUGCCCUUACCCUGUCUCUUGCUGGUUCCCACCCGUCUCCCCCUCUGUGCCCAAAGCCGCCUGUGCCGGUGUCCCGGGGUUACGCCCCUGAGAAUGAGGUGUUGGUUGAAGAGUUACAGAUUUCUGGAUAUACAAGAAAAUUUGUGCCCUGCAAGGCUCGACACCCUCCUGCCCAUAGCCGCAUUCGUGUAAAUUCAUGACCACGUCAGGGUAAAUUCUGGGUUACCCCUGCGCGCCCUCAGCCUGGGGGAGGCCUGGCCUUUCCAGCCCUGGGUGGCUGAAGUGCCCGGGGUGCAGCCGCGUUGCCUGACUCGUGUUUCUUUAAAACACCGAGCAGAGAAGUUUCCUUUGCUUCUGCAGGCUGCAAUCUGGAGUAUUUAAAUUUGCUUUCAAACAGAUAGGGAUGUGAGAUCUGCCCCCUCGUCCCUUGUUGGCCUCUGUCCGGGACGCGUUGCUUUCUGGUGCCAGCCGCUGGCUGACGGCAGGGCUGUCCGCGCCGCCGGGGGAGCUGCCGGCUGCUCGCAGCUCUCCUUUCCCAGCGCUCCUGCAGAUACGUGGCGUGUUUAACGGGCAGCGCGUGUUUAACGGGCAGCGCGCGUUCGUGCGUGCACGGGGGGCCGUCGGGCCGAGGCACAGGGGCGCAGCAGCCUCUGCAAUGCAAUAAAGGGGAGGGAGAGGAGAGCUGUGUUACUUAGCACUUUAGAAACGGAACUGAAAGAGGAGAGCAUUUUCCUACCUGUUUUCUUUCCUUGCCCAAGUCCAAACCUUCACUCUGCCAGAGAUGCUGCGGAUGCCGGUGGGUGGCCGUGGGGAACAAAAAUGUUCCUUCCCCCAUGGGAGCCCGCGGGCUACACACAAAACCCUUCCAGCGGUGUGGUUUGUGCUGCAGCCGUGCCUCAAACCUGCAUCGUGCCAGGGCUGGGUUUGUCUGUGGAGGAGGAGGAGGAUUUUCUAAAGCGUCCGAGUGCGCCGGGCCUGGGCGGCGCGAGGAGCCGUUUGCGGCCUCGGCGCCCGCUGCCCCGAGGAAGGCAGCUCCGGUCCAGGAGAGGCGCCUGGCAUGUCCCUGCCGCCCCCGUGCCCGCUGGCCACGAUGCACUUUAGUUCUCGCAUUGUCACCGAGAGGGAAGGAAGGAUCCGUAAGGAAAUGGUCUCUUCAGGUGGUUUGGUUACUCUGUACAAAGACUUAUACAUACCCGUGUAAAUGAAGAUUUGUACGAACCCUGUAAUUGUAAAAUAAACAGUUACUAAAUA